AGGUAACAUUUCAGACCAAAUAUGAAUGUUCUAGUUCUGCAGUUUAGAGAAUAUAUCCAGGAGAACAGUUUAAAGGAUAUUCAGGAUUCAUGUAAACAUUUCCAACAAUAUAUCAGGGAUGUUAAUAGUGGAAGAAGUUCUAAAUUUGAUUCUGCAGAUCUUCAAACCUUAGAUAUACUCCAGACUAUGUUUCUAUCCGUCCUGAGGAAGAAGAUAAGCUGGGCUGAAGUAUUCCAGGAUAUAGAAAGAGGAGAUGAAGUAAAAGAGACAAUCCUGGCAUGCUUUAAGCAGGAAGAAGGUACCCUGAGAAGCCUGGUAUUGAGUGUACCUGGAGUACAUUAUCAGAACCUAGACUGGAGACUUGACAUUCUUCUAGCCUCAAGAUGUGUUCUUAAACAGGUUCGACCCCUGGUGAAUCUGAGGUUGGAUCUGAAGGAUGAAAUGAAAAAUACUUCCUUUACUCUUCACACAGAUCUCACUUCUAUUCAGAAUAUAAACAGGUUGGAAAGUUGGAAAACGCUUUACAAGAAAGAGGAUCUGCUGGAACAAGAAAAUUGAUUAGAAAAACGGGAGGGAAAAUAUCAGCCUAAUGAAUUGUUAUUAUAAAGUUAAAGAGCUGGUUCAGGGUAAAUCCUGAGAACCGAAUGGUUAAGACGACAUUGAUAGAAAUAUUCGUUUUAUUGUUAAGUUACCGCAAAAACAUUGAUAUAUCUUGAUUUCUUAUGAAUUUAAAUCUGUUCGUUGACAUAAAACAAUAAAAUUGUAUAUCCAAUUUA